AACCUCGUUCCUGGGAAGCCUUUCUUUUACUCUCACUCACCCUCGCCUUCGCCCCCAAAACCCUUGUUCCCCUCCCCUUCUUCUCCAGCGGCGGCGGCGGCAAAGGCAGAGGCGGAGGAUCGAAGAUGAUCAUCCCGGUUCGCUGCUUCACCUGCGGCAAGGUGAUCGGGAACAAGUGGGACCACUACCUCGAUCUUCUCCAGGCUGAUUACACCGAGGGGGAUGCUCUUGAUGCCUUGGGCUUGGUUCGGUACUGCUGCCGCCGUAUGCUCAUGACCCAUGUUGACCUCAUCGAGAAGUUGCUCAACUACAACACCCUGGAGAAGACAGAGACAAGUUGAAGUUAAUUGAGCCCAUUCUGCUUCGAAACCCUUGUUCCUUUGUACUUUUCAAGAUGGAUGGUAUGCUGUUUCUUAUGUCAGUGUUAGGAGGUGCAAAGUGUGAGGUCCUGAUAUGAAGUUGGUUUGUUCAUGCAUCUCCAAGGACUGUUAGUAUGACCAUGCGUUUCUACUAUGUAAUCUUCAGGGCUAUUGACCAACAAAUCUAUGCAUUUUCCAGUUUCAAACUUGUUAAGCUCCAAGCGUUGAACAUGUUAUUCCUGUGUUUUCUGCUGGAUCUUGUUAGUUGUGGGCACCCACGGGUAUCUUAUCAUUGAAUUGUCACUAAACUGAUAUGCAUUGAACUUCCACAUUUGCCUUCA